CACUGAUUUAGUAGUCGCUUUCCUUUUAGAGUAUAAUUUUUGCUGCGCAUGGUUCAGGACGUGUAAGUGCGACCUUGGAGCAGGCGGGGUUAGUUGUGCAAAAUAUUGAGGAAUUAAGGUGGAUGUAGUUCCGGUAUAUGUCAUCAAAUAGUAGAAAGCCGCCGCCAUUUCAGGGUUUGGAACUUAUUUUUAACGGGGUUAACGUGAGAGCGUGAUGAAAACUGCUGAGCACCUGUACUUUGUUUUUUUGUGGAUGCAGAGUUUAUGUAAGGGAGACAACUUGAAUUUGACAGUCAAUAACUGAGUUUGGUUUUUAAGAUUAAGUUUACCGACACCGGGAGUACCGGCUUGCCGCCAUAUUGAGACGAGACACUGUUUAUGCAAAAGAACAAUACAUUGGUUAUGUAUUUCCUUAACUUGUAGGUCGAGAAACCUUGUUGAUUAAGUAUGUAGAGUUGGAAACGGGUGUCUGAAAUGCAAGUGGUUUUCUUUACUGGCUAGAUUGUCCUGGUAUUUUGAAAGCCCUAUUUUAAAGAAACUGAAUCCUAGAAUAACACCGGCCGUGCUAUAUUUCUAUUCUAGUUUUGAUGAAUUACAUUGGUUCAUGACCGCGUAAGACAUCAGCAUUGUUGGAUGACUUUUGGGUAAUUGGAUUUCCCCGAUUAUAACUUUUACGGACUCUCGGAGAGUUAUAACAUCUUGUAUUUAAGGCCUGUUUCAUUUGAAAAGCAAACAAUCUACUACAACUAUGACGUCUUCGGUAGGAAACGUGGCCGACAGCACAGAACCAACGAAACGUAUGCUUUCCUUCCAAGGGUUGGCGGAGCUGGCACACAGGGAAUAUCAGGCUGGAGAUUUUGAGGCUGCAGAGAGGCACUGUAUGCAGUUGUGGAGACAGGAACCUGAUAACACCGGUGUCCUUUUAUUGCUGUCUUCCAUACAUUUUCAGUGUCGUAGACUUGACAGGUCUGCACAUUUCAGUACUCAAGCUAUCAAGCAAAAUCCUAUGCUUGCCGAGGCCUAUUCUAACUUGGGAAACGUGUUCAAGGAGCGAGGACAACUACAAGAAGCCAUUGAACACUACCGCCAUGCACUACGUUUGAAGCCAGACUUUAUUGAUGGUUAUAUUAACCUUGCUGCAGCUCUUGUGGCAGCAGGAGACAUGGAGGGGGCAGUGCAAGCAUAUGUCUCUGCUCUUCAGUAUAAUCCUGACCUUUAUUGUGUUCGUAGUGACCUGGGAAACCUCCUUAAAGCAUUGGGUCGUUUGGAAGAAGCCAAGGCUUGUUAUCUGAAAGCGAUAGAAACUCAGCCGAAUUUUGCAGUGGCGUGGAGUAACUUGGGCUGUGUUUUCAAUGCUCAAGGAGAGAUAUGGCUGGCAAUUCAUCACUUUGAAAAGGCUGUCACUCUUGAUCCUAAUUUUUUGGAUGCCUACAUCAAUUUGGGGAAUGUCUUGAAGGAAGCACGCAUAUUUGACAGAGCUGUGGCAUCUUACCUCCGUGCCCUGAGCUUAAGUCCAAAUCAUGCUGUGGUGCAUGGCAACUUGGCCUGUGUGUACUAUGAACAGGGUCUGAUUGAUCUGGCAAUUGACACCUACCGACGUGCCAUUGAGCUGCAGCCUCAUUUUCCUGAUGCCUAUUGCAACUUGGCCAAUGCUUUAAAGGAGAAAGGCAAUGUAAACAACAUUCAGCAGACUGAAAGACAGGCACUUGAGGAACUAAGAAACAACAAUGAUAUUGCAAUUGUUAAGGCUGAUAAAGGUGGGGCAGUAGUUGUUUUGGAUAUGGAUUACUACACACAGGAAGGAUUACGACAGUUAUCUGACAACAAAUGUUAUAUGAAAAUGGACAUUGAUCCGACCACUACUUUCAAAAUUGAGAUUGAUGAGUUCCUGAGUAGUGCAGUUGAGAAUGACAGUCACUCACAGAAUAUGCAGACGAGUAAGAUAUAUUUUAGUAAAUAUGAAGGAAGAUGCAGACUUUCAAUGGCCAUUGUUGUUUUACAGGUGUUUCCAGAAUUUGCUGCUGCUCAUUCAAACCUAGCGAGUGUUUUGCAGCAACAGGGAAAACUGCAGGAGGCAUUGAUGCAUUACAAGGAAGCCAUCAGGAUAAGUCCUACUUUUGCUGAUGCAUAUUCCAAUAUGGGAAACACACUUAAGGAAAUGCAGGAUGUUCAAGGAGCAUUACAGUGUUACACCCGUGCUAUUCAGAUUAAUCCAGCGUUUGCUGAUGCCCACAGUAAUCUUGCUUCAAUUCACAAGGACUCCGGAAAUAUCCCAGAAGCUAUUGCCUCGUACAGAACUGCUCUUAAACUGAAGCCAGAUUUUCCUGAUGCUUACUGUAAUCUGGCCCACUGCCUGCAGAUUGUUUGUGAUUGGACUGAUUAUGAAGAAAGAAUGAAAAAACUGGUUAGCAUUGUUGCUGACCAGUUGGAAAAGAACAGAUUGCCUUCAGUCCAUCCUCAUCACAGCAUGCUUUAUCCACUUUCGCACAACUUUCGGAAAGCUAUAGCAGAGAAACAUGGAAACCUCUGUCUGGAUAAGAUAAACGUACUUCACAAACCACCCUAUGAACAUCCAAAAGACCUGAAAGCCAGUGAGGGCCGCCUGCGCAUUGGAUAUGUGAGUUCUGAUUUUGGUAAUCACCCUACGUCACAUCUAAUGCAGUCUGUGCCUGGUAUGCAUAGCCCGGAAAAAUUUGAGGUUUUUUGCUAUGCAUUGAGCCCUGAUGAUGGUACAAAUUUCCGAGUGAAGGUGAUGGCUGAAGCUAACCACUUUGUCGAUCUAUCUCAGAUUCCUUGUAAUGGAAAGGCUGCUGAUCGCAUCCACCAAGAUGGUAUUCAUAUACUAAUAAAUAUGAAUGGCUACACUAAGGGAGCACGCAAUGAACUUUUUGCCUUAAGGCCAGCACCUGUACAGGCCAUGUGGUUGGGAUAUCCAGGAACCAGUGGUGCUCCAUUUAUGGACUAUAUUAUAACAGACAAAGAAACGUCACCAAUUGAACUAGCCGAACAGUACUCCGAAAAACUUGCAUAUAUGCCAAAUACGUUCUUCAUUGGAGACCAUGCUAAUAUGUUCCCUCAUCUUAAGACAAAAGCAGUAAUUGAUUUCAAGUCAAAUGGACACAUUUAUGAUAACCGUAUUGUUUUGAAUGGGAAUGAUCUGAAAACUUUCCUGGACAGCCUACCUGAUGUGAAAGUUGUAAAGCUGAAGUGUCCUGAUAAUGGCGAUAGUUCCGACAACAAUUCUUCCCUCAACAUGCAUGUAAUUCCCAUGAACACUAUUGCUGAGGCUGUUAUAGAGAUGAUCAAUCGAGGACAGAUUCAGAUCACAAUAAAUGGAUACAGCAUUAGCAACGGAUUGGCUACCACCCAGAUCAAUAACAAAGCUGCUACUGGAGAGGAGGUUCCACGCACGAUCAUUGUGACAACACGGUCCCAGUAUGGACUGCCAGAAGAUGCUGUUGUAUACUGUAAUUUCAAUCAGCUCUACAAGAUAGAUCCUGCAACACUUCAGAUGUGGGUGAAUAUUCUGAAACGUGUUCCUAACAGUGUACUGUGGUUGCUCCGUUUCCCUGCCGUUGGUGAACCAAAUAUCCAGCAGUAUGCACAGAAUAUGGGUCUGGCACAGGCUAGGAUCAUCUUCUCCCCUGUUGCCCCUAAAGAAGAACACGUGAGGCGAGGCCAGCUAGCUGAUGUUUGCCUUGAUACACCCCUUUGUAAUGGACACACUACUGGUAUGGAUGUGCUUUGGGCAGGAACACCCAUGGUUACCAUGCCAGGAGAAACUCUUGCUUCACGAGUUGCUGCCUCACAGUUAACUUGUUUGGGCUGUCCUGAACUCAUAGCUAAAAAUCGUCAGGAAUAUGAGGACGUAGCUGUCAAACUUGGAACAGAUUUGGAAUACUUAAAGAAGAUUCGUGCCAAGGUUUGGAAACAAAGGAUUUCUAGCCCUCUGUUCAACACCAAGCAGUACACAGCAGACUUGGAGAGCUUGUAUUUACAGAUGUGGGAACACUACGCUGCUGGAAACAAACCAGAUCAUCUAACUAAAUGUCUGAAACCUAUGGAGACCACAGAGUCUGCUUGAGCAGUUGUGGGGCACACAUGAUUGAAGAGACCUUGGACACCACAAAAUCUGCCUGAGCCAUCAUGAGGCUCACAGUUGUUGAGACAUGUAUGUCAGUCUUUGACUGUCUGACUUAAUUCUAGCCAGUGUUAAGUCACUGCUGCUCAGACAAUGAGCAAACAUAUCUUUACAAAAAUCCCAGGCAAGUAUUUCCUUGCAAGACUUGUAAAUGAAGACUGCUUGCCUAUGGACAGAUGCAGUUCUCUGAAGGUGUUGAAGCUGAACUGUUGAUUAGUGCUUAUAGACACAUCUGUUGAUUGGGAAAGAUGUGAAACAGCGAAGGCGGUGUUCCAUUCCAAAUGGAGUAGCAGGCUGCAAGUUGUAUAAGUUUUCCACAUGAAUUGGGAAUGGUAUUUAUUCAUGUGUACACUCACCAUGUGAGAUGGAAGCGUGUUAACUUGAACUUUUUUGGAAAUGUUCUGCACUCACUGUUCUAGAGAUAAAACCUCAGACUUGAAAAAGAGAUUAUAUGUUGAACUUGUGGGUAUUUGCUUUUUCACCUUGUCUAUAGGUGUGUUUUUGGUUUGAUUAUUUUUUGUUUUGUUUUGUUUGUUUUAAACCACAACCAGUAAGUCUUCAAGCUUUUCUGCAAGAAACAAGUAUUUUCAGUUUGGAGGGAGCUUAUUAACCAGAUGACCUGGUUCAGGCUUAACUGUCUGAGCUACACAGUCAUGUAGUACCUGCCAUUUAAAACAAAUUGUGCUUGGUGGAUUUCUUGUGCCAAAAAUAAUCACUUUGAAAUUGCAAAACUUUUAGUUUUCCGUACAGUCUGCUAAAUUGUCUUGGAAGUCCUGCUGCUUCUCACUAGAACUGAUCAUCGUAUACCAUAUUCUUCCCUGCUGUGUGUGCGUACUACUACAGGUUAUAUGGCUACUUUUUAUAAUGUCAAGUAAACUCUUGCCGAGCUCAUAGGCAGCCUUAAAGAAGCUAUUACUUUUGGAGAACUUAGUAAUUUGGUGAAGAGGUUGAACACUGGGAAGGCUUCUUUUUCUAUUUAACCUUACAUUGUGAUUACGCUACAGUGCUAUAAUCUUGAUUUGUUUUUCAUGCCUUGUCAUUGCAACAUUUAGUUUUCUCCUGUUUGCUAUGAGUUCAUUUUUCUUAUUUUACAUUAACUGCGGUGUACUGUAAUGUUCAGCAAAAUUUCAUAUAUUAACAUUCUACCAAGUAGUUUUCUUCUAAAUUUCUUUAAACUAAAAGCACACAUUUCUUUAACAGCUAGGAGAACUAAAACAGUAGACAUGAAACGUUUGUAUACUUCAGUCACUGUUGUAUGUUUUUUCUGUUUUCUGUUAGUUUUAUGACAUUAUUUCUGCUAGGAAGAAAAGACAGUGUCCGAAAGUCCAUUUGUGUAUGAAUAUGUUCCCUUCUGCAUCCUUUGUUUGUCCCACUCAUGUUGAGUACAGUUUUUAAUACCCUUGAAACAUUUCACCAUUACUAAAAAGAGCACAAGUUGCAGUAGAGCUUUACUGAAGGGUGGGAAAUAGAAAUGGGAGCUGCUAGGCAGAAUGUUACACAUUUAUUUUUAGGCUGUAUUUAUUGUACCACAGUACUUAAGUUAAAAUGUCAUUCUGUUAAUAUUGGAUAUUGAUGUUUGUAUCAUUACCCUCUACGGCAUGUCACCCAAAUUUGGACAGCAUGGGGUUUUGAAAUUCAAGCCAAGCACCCAUCACCAUGUAUGGAGAGUGCAGAGAUAAACAAGUUAAUGUGAGGUUCUGGUAAUCUUUGAACAGACAUUAAACUUGUAUGGGGAUAUUCGGUUAUCCUUCACGUCCUGACUUUCCUGACUUGAAUCUUGUGCUCAUUUGAAACUGAAAAAGUUAAAGCAAAAAUCAUUUUUUAUUGCCAUUAAUUUAGAGCUGCAGGAGUAGUACGGGGAUAAGGGCGCACAUGUAGGACACAGGACAUUGUUAAUCUUGCAUUGGAAUUCCCUUGUGUUUUAUCAUGAGAUCUUUUAUUUUGAUGGUUUCUAGAUUUUGAUGGAUCCUUUGUCCUGGCAAAAAAGGUACAUGCUUGUAUGUUGGCAAUGACAGGAAAUCAAAUAAGGGCAGUGUAGAGUAUGUUAUGCUCGAGCAUUGUAUGUGCUAGUUUGCCUCGAACCUCCCUCACACAACAGAUAACUGCUUCAUUAAAUGAUACAGCUUGCACUACUUUUUUUGCAAAUUGAGUGACUGAGGUGUUGAUGGUGAAAGGUAUUCGGAUGCAAGAAGUAUUUUCCAGAUGUAUAAUUUUUAACAUUUGAUUUGAAAUGAAAAUAUUUUACUAUGUUUUCUGUUUGCUCUUUCUAAUCCAGACACUGUUUUAAUAUAUUUUUUUCUUUGAUGUAAAAAAGUUAUGCACUCUUAAGUCAUGAGAGUGUAGACUAGUUCAUGGAUGGAGAUGUAAAUAGAUGUGAUUGAAAGUG